GCAGCUAUGCAUCGCGUCUUUCCAAGUAAGUGCCCCGGGGUGCAGGCGUUACUAGCAGGGGAAGCUUGUCUCCUUCCGCCAUAACUCUUUGAGGUUCCUACUUCGAGGCUUCGUACACUUGCCAGGAGCUUCACCUCGGCCGACCCAUUGGCCUUUACAGAUAUCUUGCCCGUAUCCAGUACCUCACUCAAUCGUUAUACCCACGCUUCAUUGACAUGGGGGACUACGAGAGACGGCGCCACGGCGGCGGCGGUGGUGGUGGUGGAUACAACAACAGGAAGAGAAGAUAUCGAGACGACGAUGAACACGAUCACCGACAAUCGCGAAGAAGAAUCGAUAAUGCGCCCCUGCACGUAAGGGUUCGCAGACAACUCCUCUCUCUUGCCGAAUCCCCUCUUCGCCGAUGGCACGAGGAGGUCCAGGCCAUCGCUCACGUCGUUGCCGACAACGCAGAGGACACCGAGCUUCGCGAAAGCUUCAUCGGCCUUGUCUUGCAGCUCUCGUUGGAGCAGCCACUCAAGACACCUUUUGUAGCUGGCGUACUUCUCCUGGUGAAUACGCUCAAGCCCGACAUUGUGGGCGAGAUUCUUGCGAAGCUCAGCGCCACGACGCAAGAGAAGAUUCAGUCCGGUGAAUGGAGGGAUGUAAAACUCUAUCUGAAAUUGCUUGCUUGCUUGCAGAGCUCUCUAGACGGCGAGGGAAUCUUCCCCGUUCUAGAGGAGUUGUUUGGUCGGGCUGUUGACUUGCAGACGGCAAGCUCCGAUGACACAAUUGGCACGGAGCUGGUCAAGAUCAUUCUUCUUACGAUCCCGUACAUAAUGGCAGCGGCUCCCGGUCAGUGGCAGCAGAAGGCCGCCGAUCUUAUGGACAAGACAGAAAUUAUCGCUUCGGAGCCCCACGCCCUGCAAGCAUUGAUCGAUCCGUACCUUUCCGAGAAGGAGGACCAGCCCAGUGGCUCUAUGAGCGUGAUCGCAUUGCUCCAGAAGCAGCUGCAGCGCGAAGCAGCAAAUGGCUGGGAACUUUCCUGCCUUCCUAGACCCUGGAAACUGCCACUGGAGGAGAUCGAGGCACAGGAGAAGCUGGACAAUGCCACGAAGCAUAGCCUCCCCUCUAUCACGGUCCCCGAGAAGAUCAUCGCUGGUCCUCGGCCCCUCUUCCCCGAAGUCUACUUCUCAGUAUACGGCAAUCAAGACGUCGAGUCUGUGCCUCCUGUGACGGACAUCGCUGCCUCACUGGUCAGAGAUGGUUUGGUUGAUACGAUUAAUAUCCUUGACUUUAACCGCAACGUCACUGCACGAUAUCUCAUUGACCUGGACUGCUACUUCUCCGACACCACCUUCGUCAAGCGAGCGACGCCUUUUGAUCGACUCAGGGAUAUUGAGACUGGCCGCUCAACAUGGAAGCCCGAGGAUGUGGCUGUUGAUGCCGUUUUCUCGCAGCUCUUCCAACUACCAACACCUGAGCACAAGCUUGUCUACUACCACUCAGUCCUUACCGAGGCUUGCAAGAUUGCGCCUGCAGCCAUCGCACCUAGCUUGGGUAGAGCGAUUCGGCAUAUGUACCGCAACUCCAGCCGCAUCGACCUUGAACUCUCGCAGAGGUUCGUCGAUUGGUUCUCACAUCAUCUCAGCAACUUUGGCUUCACCUGGAAGUGGACAGAGUGGGUCGACGACGUCUACCUUCCCGACCUGCAUCCCCAAAAGGCGUUUAUAAUUGGGGCCUUGGACAAGGAAAUCCGACUCAGCUUUGCACAACGUAUCAAGGGAACGCUUCCUGAACCCUACCAGUCCUUGAUUGGGCCCGAGAAGGAAAAAGAUGUUCCGGAUUUCAAAUUCAAUGACGACACCACUCCAUUUUCAACCGAGGGUCGCGAGAUCGCUGCGUUGCUAAGACGCAAGGCGCCCGACGAAGAAUUCCAGCCAAUCAUUGAACGAAUUCACUCACUUGCGAUAGAACGCGGUUUGGAUCCUUUGGUGACAAGUACCGACAUCUUCGUCACGGCUGUCUGCUGGGUUGGCUCUAAGUCGCUCAGUCACGUCCUGGCAUGUAUCGAGCGCACCAAGGACCGUCUGCUGGAUGUCGGCGCGGCAUCUGAGGUGGCUAAGGCCCAAAUCAUCACCGCAGUCAUGUCGUAUUGGGCAGCACAGCCCGGCGUUGCUAUCUCGAUCGUCGAAAAGCUAUUGAACUACUCGAUUCUUCUACCCAUCACGGUUAUCGAAUGGGCCCUUGUGGGCAGCAGCCACGUCGAGGGACAGUCGUCGGGCGAUGCCUUGGCGCAGCCGCACGUCUUCGAGUUGGUGUUUGGAACCGUGGCCAAGGUGACAGGACGGGUCAGACAGUUGUUGACUAAAGAAGCCGAAGCGGACGAAGAAGCGAAAGAAAGGGAGUGCAAGGCUAUGCGUGAUCUUUUCAGGGCGAUGGAUGAUGCCUUGAUCAGCUGGGCUUCGGGCAGCAAGGACGAGAUGAUGGAGGAAAUGGAUGGCGCUGGCCAACGCGACGCCCUCCUCCGCCGAUGGGGGGAGAGGUGGCUGAGAGUAUUCCGACGGCGGUCAGCCAUUGAGGAGGCCUUCAUUGUGGAGGCUAACAAGGAGCAAGCUGUCGCUGUAGACGAAGUCUAAGCUCUUUCAAGAAGGGUCAUAGUCGUCUCGGAGUCCAAACGCUGGUCCUUCUCGUCGGCUUGUUUAGGAAAUAUGUCUUCAAUUUGUAUGAUUACACAAAAUGUGCAUGGUCUGGAAUAUAUCGGGUGAAGGCCUGGCAGACAAGAUAUCAUCAUCGGGCCUUCGAUGUCAGGCACUCAAUGCGGAACUAGAUACUUUCCUAGAUUUUCUCGACGUUGCUUGGAUGGUCUUCCUGGCAUGGACGACGGAUUGUGUCUUGGAUGUUGAUCUACCAGGGUCCUCCCACUUUAGUGGCUCUCGCUGCCGCCCUGGUACUUGGGUAAUCGGGCGGGUGCGGGGCAUCGUCCAGCCUAACACCGGUUCCUUUUUGCGCUGUAGCACUGAUUGGGCAGAGUCGGUACGGCGGGGUUAAGGAU